CUUUCUCUGCUGAGCAGGGGUUGUAACUGAAACCUUAUUUUCGUAUAUUUCUUGCCCAAAAUCUGGAGUGAGUUUGCCUUGCUUUCUUGAAAUUCUGCUUCAGGUCCUUCAAGCAAUCCCUUGAUGAGUGCAUCUGAUGAUAUGGGAACUAGUGUACGGAAGAUCUUUUCUGGAUCUAGUGGUUACCAUGCCUCAACCGAUGCUGCACUUUUUUCAAGUUCAUUACCCGUUCUUCCCCGUCAGAAGUUGAAUGUAAAAGAUGCCGACCAAACUUGCCAAUCAAUUGACGAUGUCUCCGCCAGCUUGAAGAAAUUCCACCCACAUGUGGGCGGUAAUGAUGUACUUGAAAUAGACCAGAAUCAUGCAAUUGGAAGCUUGCUUCCUGAUGAUGAAGAUGAACUUUUAGCUGGAAUAGUGGAUGGCUUUGAUCUGGGUGGGUUGUCUCAUCAUGUGGAUGAUGCGGAGGACUUCGAUUUUUUUGGCAGUGGAGGUGGCUUAGAAUUGGAAUCAGAUUCUUUGGAGAGUUUAAGUAUGGGAAUUUCUAAUGCUAGUCUUUCUGAUGGUUCUCCCAGCAAUGGAGUGGCUCAUUUUGGACUUUCAAAUGGUGUGGGAAUUGUUUUUGGAGAACAUCCACUUGGAGAGCAUCCUUCUAGAACAUUGUUUGUUCGUAACAUCAACAGUAAUGUUGAGGACUCAGAGCUCAGAAGUCUCUUUGAGCAAUAUGGGGAUAUCAGAACACUUUACACUGCAUGCAAGCAUAGAGGCUUUGUGAUGAUAUCUUACUAUGAUAUUCGUGCUGCACGAACUGCUAUGCGGGCGUUACAAAAUAGGCCGCUGCGCAGGAGAAAGCUGGACAUCCAUUUCUCAAUCCCAAAGGAUAACCCAUCAGAAAGGGAUCUUAAUCAAGGUACUUUGGUAGUGUUUAAUUUGGAUCCAUCUGUGUCAAAUGAUGACCUCCGACAGAUAUUUGGGGCUUAUGGUGAGGUCAAAGAGAUUAGGGAAACACCAAACAAGCGACACCAUAAGUUUGUAGAAUAUUAUGAUGUCAGAGCAGCAGAAGCUGCGCUGAGGUCCUUAAAUAGGUGUGACAUAGCUGGGAAGCGCAUAAAGCUUGAGCCUAGCCGUCCUGGAGGAUCACGUCGAAAUUUUAUGUUCCAACUGAGUCAUGAUCCUGAACAAGAUGAACCUCAAAGCUGUUGUCAUCAAGCUGCUUCUUCCAUUGGUACUUCGCCCCCAGGUGACUGGCCACAGUUGGGCAGCCCUUUGGAACAUAGUCCUCUGCAGAGUCUUGGUAAAUCCCCUGGUUUAACGUCUGUCAGUCCAACAAUGGGCAACAAUUUGCCUGGGUUAGCUUCUAUUCUGCAUCCUCAAUCCUCAAACUCUAUGAGGGUUGCACCAAUUGGCAAGAAUGCUGUGAGGAGCAGUUAUUCAGAACAUGUAUGGCCCAACAGGAAUUCAAAUGUGGGGGCUGCCUCUCAACAGACUCUUUCCCUUCAUAAGCCAAACUCAAGUCAGUAUUCUGGUACUGUGUCUUCUUUUGGUGAUUCAAGUUCAAAUGGCUCAGGUGUUGAAACAUUAACUGGACCUCAAUUUCUCUGGGGAAGUCCAAAGCUAUACCCAGAGCCAACUGAUCCCUUGGCUUGGAGAGGGAAAUCGGCUGGACAUCCUUUCACAUCUAAUGGCCGUAGCCAUGGCUUUUCAUUCUCCAACCGUGUGUCACUCUUUGGUUCAUCUUAUGGCCACCACCAGCAUCAUCAUCAUCAUACUGGAUCUGCUCCAUCUGGUGUCCCUUUAGAAAGGCACUUUGGUUUUUAUCAUGAACCUCCAGAGACAUUUGUCAAACCCAGUUUUGGAGGUGUGGUGUAUGGUUAUCAUGACAGAAAUUUGAUGAUGAAUAUGAGUGGUAGUGGCACUAUUUCAGUUUCAGGAAACAUGUCAGAAAAUGGCUCUCCUAGUUUUGGCAUGAUGUCUUCUCCUGGAUUUGGUCCUAUGAGUUUGGGUAAUGGUUAUUUGUCUGGAUUAGCGGCCACCAGCUUGGAGGGUUGUAGUGAACGUGUACGUGCCAGACGUGUUGAGAGUAAUGGGAACCAGAUGGACAAUAAGAAACACUUUCAGCUAGAUUUAGACAAGAUUAAAAGUGGUGAAGACACUCGAACAACACUUAUGAUAAAGAAUAUUCCAAACAAGUAUACCUCAAAGAUGUUGCUGGCUGCUAUUGAUGAAAAUCAUAGGGGUACCUACGACUUCUUGUAUUUGCCCAUCGAUUUCAAGAAUAAGUGCAAUGUCGGCUAUGCAUUUAUCAACAUGAUGUCCCCAGAAUACAUACUCCCAUUUUAUGAGGCAUUCAAUGGGAAAAGAUGGGAAAAGUUCAACAGUGAGAAAGUAGCAUCUUUAGCAUAUGCUAGGAUUCAGGGGAAGAUGGCCCUGGUUUCGCAUUUCCAGAAUUCAAGUUUGAUGAAUGAAGAUAAGCGCUGUAGGCCAAUUCUUUUCCAUUCAGAAGGCUCUGAAUCUGUUGACAAGGUCAUUUGGGAACAUCUUCCUUCCGAUUGUUUGAACAUCCAAGCUCGUCCAUUAUAUGGUUCAGAACCUAUGGAUUCUCCUGGAAAUGCAGUGGACGAUGGUCGAUGUGAUAAACUAGAGCAGAGCUGGCAGUAACAUGGGGUGGUCACAUGCCAUGUUAAAGGUUGGCUGUGGGUGGUAAACACUAUCCUACCAGUGUAUAUGUGCACAAAUGUAGGAGAUAAACCAACAAGAAUUGGACUUGACAGUUCUAUAUUAUAAGUUGGCAUUUUGAGACAGGUUCAGAUAGGGUCCUGUGGCUUUUGUUUAAGAUCCAUGAGAGAAUAUGGAAGGCAAAGUUUGCCUACAUGUAGGGAAUUAUUCGAAUUUUGUGUAAGUUGAGAUUGGGAAUUCAAUCUCUAUAGGAAUUCGCUCCUGCAAGGCCAUCGCAAGAGGGUCUGAAAGGUUGCAAUUUUUGGUUUACAGACUUAAGAACAGAGUUGCUGCUGAAUGUCUGUGUAGCAGGAAGCAAACCUUUUUCUAAUUCUAUAUCAGUACUUGUUAUUUAUCAA